UUGAUAAUUUUUGUGUGAUUUUGUUGUCAGCACAUUCAGCUAUGUAAAGAAAGGAGUAUUUAAUGAGAUUAUUUCAUUCAUUCAGAUCUAGGAUGUGUUAUUUUAGUGUUCCGUUUAUUUUUUGGAGCAGUGUAUGUUCGAAAUGUUUAGGAAGUUAAGAUGUGAGCUGGCAUGUGGAUUUUUCCCCUCAACAAGUAUUAAAGGGUUUUUGAAACACUGCCAGUUUAGUAAGGGAAGUCGUGGUCCCCUGAGUUUCAGUGAAUACAUGUGCAUUUUGUUGAAUACUGCAAAUGUUUCAAGUGUUCUGAAAGUGAGCUUACUAGAUAAUUCAUUUAGUCAUGUAGUGGAGAAAAGAACAAAAAUAACCAUUCUUGAAAUUUACCUUUUGGUUUAAGAGUUAGUUAAAAAGCAAAUGUUUACAGUAAAGAUUGAAGUAAGCUAUUAAUUUAAUUGUGGGAGGAUCCUGAAAAAAGUUGGGAUUUAUGUUGGAAUUAAGCCAGCUAAAAUAUUAGUGUACAUUUAGUAAGCUUUGAAUAUAGUAUAACCAGUUUAUGAUUUCUGUAACACUCCACUUUUGGUCAGACAAAAAGUGUGUACAUUCAUGCCUAGACACUCUUGCCUGAAAUUAACUUUUAGUUGUUUAUAUAACAAAAAUUCAAGUCUAAUUUUUGGACAAAGGCUGGACAAAAGAGAAUUCCAGGAAAUUGGUUGGGAAUGUCCAGGCUUGUAGCCAGUACAAAAGCACCAUUAUAUAAAGACUUGAUUUUAUCACUGUUUAGACAAUUGUUGGGAAAAUUGAAUUUGAGCCAUAAGAGUGACGCUGGUAAACCGGAGCCUGUGUGCUUUGACUUGGGUAUAAAAAAUAAAGGAAGGAGAGAAAGCAGGAUCUUCUCUUGAGCUGUCAGAGAGAGAUCCUGUAGGUCCGCCAUGAACUAAGGUAAUAUGGGAAAUAGGUUACAUUAUAAUCCACCUUGCACCAGAAGCAAAAUCUUAAAGGAAAUAUUAAAUUGAUAUCUGUUGGAGUUUGGUUUCAGUUAUAUUUUCCAUACCAAACUUGUUAUGUUGAACAUUUUACUGAUUAUUAAGCUUGUAAUCCAUACUUAUUUUGUAUCGUCCUGUAAAGAAAUUAUUGUAAAACUUUUAUUCAAUCUCGAUGGCAAUUUUCUGAUUUUAUAUUUCCAUGAGGGAAAAUCCACCACAUAAAUACACGACACUGCAUCCUUGGAUGAAGAAGUGUGAUGUUGAGACUGCAGCCUGCAGACGCGGUAAAUUAUGGGUGGAGUCUUUACUGAAGUCCCUUUAAAAUAUAAAUGAGCCUCCUGUUUUUUUCCACACAUACCUGGACAAGACACUGCCUGCUGAUCUCACAGACAUUCACAGGAGCAAGCUAAGGAGUCAGGAUGACUGAAGCGGAACUUUUGAACACGCUGAAAGAUUUGGAAAGCGAGGAGUUCAAGGACUUCAAGUGGUAUCUGCAGAAGGAUGACAGCCUCGAAGGCCGAACAGCCAUCUCAAAGGGCAAGCUGGAGAAGGCAGAGCAACGGGACACCGUGGAUCUGAUGGUGCAGACCUACACUCUUACUGAAGCUGUGGAGGUGACCAAAAUCCUUUUAAUGAAGAUCAAAAGGAAUGAUCUGGUCCAGCGUUUGUCGCCCAGCAGCUCGGCACCAAAAGCAAAGUCAAGAAAGAAGGUGAACAAAUCACAGGGUCCAAAAAGGGGACUGGACACUGACAGUCCAGUCACAGUGGAGGGCGGCACUUCUCUGGCUUUGGAGCCGACAUCAAGCCCCUCGGAUGUGAGAGAGCGAGACCUCAGCAACAGUAACCUUGGAGACCCAGGAGUGAAGAUGCUGCCUGCAGCACUUGUGGAUCCACGCUGUGGACCGGACCCUCUCAGAGUGGAACGUGGUGAAGGGAUGAGAUCUGGUCUGAGCAAGUUUUCCUCAGAUGAAGUCAGUCUGGAAUCAAGCUCAGUAAACAUGUCUUCCAAUUCGUCCGUCAGGAAGAGGAAGAUGGCAUCAAUGAAUCAGUCAUAUGGUGAAACAGGCACAUUUGGCUUCUUCUCUAAGCUGUGGCGUAGAUAGUGAAAGGCUGAGUCAGUAUGAGUUGUUUGUAUAGACAGGUUUCCUGUUUAGUGAAAAACCUUUUUAUUAUAUUCACAACACUGGCAUAAUGAUAAAUCCUGUAAAAAAAUCCUAUUGUUUCCUCAGAUUAUACCAGACACUCCCCCACAUUGUUAAGCUCCAGAGCAGAAUUCUGGAGCUAACAGCUAAUUCUAUCAAUCAUUACCUGUUGACUUUUGGACUGUAUAAAGAUUUCAAGCGCCUGUUAGCUUAGCCAUGCACCUCUGUGAGGAAUCAACUUCCCUCCUUCUCCGUGUUACACUUAAGGAUGGCAGCACACGAGAUGAUACUGACAUCAAAUGUGAUGAAAAUGCUGUUUUUCUUUAAUGUGCAAUAUGAUGUUUGUGAAUGUUGUGUGAAUAUGCUUUUACAGGUAUAAUGCAUUGUAGGCUAUACUGUCUGGAGAAAUCAAUGAAUAUGAAUAUAAAUAUUAACUAGGCUUCAUCUCGCGCUCUUUUUUCAGAGUUUGCUGCUGUUGCUAAAGUUAGCUCAAUCUAGACAAGCUAAUAUCAAGUAACAGCAUCGAGUAGCAGAGGGGAAGGGGGAAGUGCUGACUGCUCCUUGGCUUUUCACUUGUCUGAUACAGCCCAUCAUGUAUUAUGAAAAGGUUUUUUUGUCAAUGAGUUAUUUGUUUAGAAAUGUAUUUGGUUACUGUGUUAAUGAAAAUGUUUUUUAAGAGUUUUUUUAUCUGUUGAGAUGAUUAGACAUUUGCCUCUACGGUUUUGAUCAAACCUUUCGAUAAAUGAGUUUUAACAUGAA